AUGAAAAACGAAGAGCAAGCUCGUUCCUUGUUUGGGAUUUCGCUUUCUGAUAAACCUACAUGGAAACAGUUUCUUAUUUGCUCUUCUGGGUUCUUCUUUGGUUACCUUGUCAAUGGCGUUUGUGAGGAAUAUGUAUACAACAGACUACAGUUCAGCUAUGGCUGGUACUUCACAUUUGUCCAAGGAUUUGUUUAUCUUUUUCUGAUCUAUCUUCAAGGCUUUACUCCAAAGCAAAUGGUGAACCCAUGGAAGACUUACGUGAAACUCUCUGCAGUUCUUAUGGGCUCCCAUGGGCUUACAAAAGGCUCUUUGGCUUUUCUCAACUACCCAGCACAGCUCAUGUUCAAAUCCACCAAGGUUCUGCCUGUGAUGGUGAUGGGCGCCUUCAUACCAGGUUUGAGACGGAAAUAUCCAGCUCAUGAAUAUGUUUCUGCAAUACUUUUAGUAGUGGGCUUGAUCCUCUUCACCUUGGCUGAUGCACAAACUUCCCCAAACUUCAGUGUCAUUGGUGUAGUGAUGGUAACCGGUGCUCUAGUAAUGGAUUCCUUUCUUGGUAAUUUGCAAGAAGCUAUCUUUACCAUAAAUCCUGACACAACACAGAUGGAAAUGCUUUUUUGCUCGACUGUGGUUGGUUUGCCAUUCUUGAUCCCACCCAUGCUUUUAACAGGAGAACUAUUCAAAGCAUGGAAUUCAUGUUUACAGCAUUUAUACGUGUAUGGCGUGUUAGUCUUUGAAGCCAUGGCCACAUUUAUUGGACAAGUAUCAGUCCUUUCCCUUAUUGCCAUUUUUGGUGCAGCUACCACAGCAAUGGUGACAACUGCGAGAAAGGCAGUGACUUUACUACUGUCAUACUUGAUAUUUACGAAGCCAUUGUCUGAACAGCAUGGGACUGGACUUCUACUUAUAGCUAUGGGGAUCACCUUGAAACUCUUGCCAGCUGAUAGAAAACCAGUUUACAGAAGAGUCCCAAGCUCAUCCUCAUCCACAAACGAAAAAAUUGGAAACUCUUCUACGAGUGAAGAAACGAGGAAUCGAUCAGAAAUUGAAGAAGAAGAAACUUCCCUCGUCUAAACUUGAUUAUUACUAUUGCUUAAUUGUAGUUAAUUUAUUUCUUUUGACUUGAGUUUGAAUUUUUAAUUUUCUGUUUAAAAAGGAAGAAAAGAUACUCCAUAAGCCAUUCCGGAUAAUACGGACUGUUUCUGGCAUUUGACAAGCAAACAACACUACAGUUGUUAUCAACCACAUGUCAUUUGGCUCCCAUGCAUAAGUACACGUACUGUCUAGUUCAUUGCACUCUUCCAAGAAUAAAAACCACCUUCUUUUUCAUGAAGGGAUGAAAAAGAUCAGAUCAUGAACGGUAAAAUUGGAAACGAUACUAUUAGAGGUCAAGGUGAAGAGAGAAUACAGUAAAAUGAGUGAGUAUGAUGAAAUAACCGUCGAGACCACUAGUCCACUGCUUGAAGGAUGGGAGGAUUGAGACAAAGGAAGACCGAGAGAGCCUGGAAAGGAGAGGAUGUGAAGUGUAUCUUUUUUUGCGGGCAUGGGGGCCAUUGUCACAUGCUUCUCGCUCAUUUCUUCCACGUCUGCCAGCAAGCUCUCCUCAGGUAACUGGUAAAAAUUG